GCCCAGGCCCCAAAUUCCCCCGGAAGCUCUAAAGUCGGCCGUUCUGACCUCAUUCUCAAACUCCAAAAACCUACCACCACUCCUCGACACCACCAAACGUCUUCUCUCGCCAAAAACCUCAAAAUGGCCUCAAUUGCACGCAGCAUGAGGGCAGUCCGCCCCUCCGCCCUCUCCCAGCUCACCAAGGCCGCUCCCCGCGCCUUUUUCCCCCGUCCCGCGCAGCGCAGCUUCUCUACAACCCCCAGCAGCUUAAUACGCAAGUACACAAAGGACCACGAGUGGAUCGACCUCAACGCCGACAAGAAGACGGGCGUCGUCGGCAUCUCCCAGUACGCCGCCGACGCCCUGGGCGACGUCGUCUACGUCGAGCUCCCCGAGGAGGGCACGGAGGUCGCCCAGGGCGACGCCAUCGGCGCCGUCGAGUCCGUCAAGAGCGCCGCCGACAUCAACGCGCCCAUCAGCUGCAAGGUCACCCAGGUCAACCUCGGCCUCGAGGAGAAGCCCGGCACCAUCAACAAGGUGCCCGAGGACGACUCCCACGGCGGCGGCUGGAUCGCUAAAGUCGAGGUCGACGAGGCGGGCGUCCAGGAGCUCGAGGCCCUCAUGGGCGAGGAGGAGUACAAGGCCUUCACCGCUUCUGAGGAUCACUAGAUUGGAUGGGGAGAAGGGGGGAGAGAGCAAUGGUUUGGUGAGAUAUAGGUAGCCGGCAGUUCAACCGGGCAGAGUGUGUCUGUACUAUACGCCAACGCCAAGCGGGUAUUCACUUUCGGGGUUUGCGGUUCAACAACGUGGUAGCCACCAACAUAGAGCAAAUGAGAGAUUAUGGUCA